GGGUUUGAGAGACAUAGUAAAACAAAAUACGUGGUGGAACUACUGUAUUGAAGAAAACUUUGACGUAGUCCUAUUAACAGAAACAAAAACAACCAAAGAGAUGGAAAAAUUUAUAUUUUUCGAACAAAACCAAACGUCCAACCUACAAGAUCCAUUAUAUAAUAUUUGGUGGUCAUCAACAACAGAAGCUUAUAAUAAUAAUAUUGGAUCUGGAUUUAAAGGAAGGGUAGUUUUUCAAAUUAUCAGAAUCUACGCACCAAACAAAUAUUCAUCGAAUAAUACCAUAUUGAGAAAACUAAAACCUUGGUUUUACAAUCAUAUCGCACAAGCCUUAUCAAACAACUGGAUAUCAAUAAUAAUGGGAGAUUGGAAUGCCACCACUGACCCAAGUAAAGAUAGAUUCCCUGAAUAUACGUUUUAUCAAAUUUUUAAGGAAGAAAUUAGAAGUAAAAGUUGUAUUGACUCAAUCUGGAUACAUAAAUCACAUGAGGAACUUAUAAUAGACGCUGUCACCGGUGGUUUUUGGUUUUCUCAAGAACCACCUAUUGGAGUGACUUGA